ACAAAGUUGCCUAUUUUUCUCCGCCUCAUGAAAAAGAAAAUGAUAAAUUUAGACAUAGAUCGGCCACCUCACUUCAACAGCCAUCUGUUGCCUCUCACGUAUUAUUUAUCUUCUUCCACUGUAUAUCUUAAAUUCCAAGUUCGCUCCUCUUCUCCUCCAAUCUCUUUUGCAACAGCUACCAUGUCUUUCAGAGGUCUCGGCCGGCCGAAUGCUUCGUCAGGCAUGGGAGUGGCUGAUCACAGCAAAAGUAGCUUCAUGGAACUGAAGCAAAAGAAAGUGCACCGAUACGUAAUCUUCAAGAUCGAUGAGAAGAAGAGGGAGGUGUUGGUGGAGAAAACCGGCGGUCCAGCUGAGACAUAUGACGAUUUUACUGCAUCACUGCCAGAGAAUGAUUGCAGAUAUGCUGUGUAUGACUUUGAUUUCGUCACUUCAGAGAACUGUCGAAAAAGUAAAAUCUUCUUCAUUGCAUGGUCGCCUUCAACCGCUCGAAUCCGUGCCAAGAUGCUUUAUGCCACGUCGAAAGACAGGUUGAGGAGGGAGCUAGACGGUGUGCACUACGAAAUCCAGGCGACUGAUCCCUCAGAAAUGGAUCUUGAAGUUCUCAGAGAUCGUGCACAUUAAUUGACACAUGCCUAUGCGCUGGUUCUCUCUUUUAUAUAUCUUGAUUUUAGUUGUAGUUGACACAAGUCUAUGCACUAGCUCGCACUAGUUAUCUACUAUAACAUGGUUCCCCAUACGCCAUGCCCCAAAAAGAUGUUAUCAUUAAGUGAAUCUCUGUCGUGGCUAAUGAAUUUGGGCUUAUCUCUUGCUAUAAAAUCUAUAUAUACAUUCCUUGGUGGUUCUGAACA